AUGCCUAACACUUUGACUAUAAUUGGAGGGUGGAAUAGCAAAACUAUCUAGCUGUACCUAAACGCUUAUUUUUGUUAAUUUCCUUCUUUACCACCCUUUACAACAAGGGUUUGAACAGUUUCGCAUUUGUUGUACGCACAUGAGUAAACAAAACGACAAACUAAUAAUGCCUAACACUUUGACUAUUGAUGGAGGCUGGAAUAGCGAUAUUAUCUCACUGUACCUAAACACUUAUUUUUCUCGCCUUUUCCUUCAUUACCACCCCUUCCGACAAGGGUUUGAAUGGAUUUGCAUUUGUUGUAUGCACAUGAGUAAACGAAACGACAAACCAACAAUGCCUAACAGUUUGACUAUAGUUGGAGGUUGGAAUAGCAAAACUAUCUAGCUGUACCUAAACACUUAUUUUCCUUGCAAUUUCCUUCUUUACCACACUUUACAACAAGGGUUUGAACAGUUUUGCAUUUGUUGUACGCACAUGAGUAAACGAAACGACAAACUAACAAUGCCUAACACUUUGACUAUUGAUGGAG